CGGUAAUUAGUGGCCAUUCCACGAUGUGCCGCGCCCCGAUUUGUCUGCCGUGAGUGGCGUCGCGGCCACGCCGACGAUGGUCGUCGUCCGUCGCCUUCUCGGUGGAGCUCGCUAACGCACGCAACUUUUUUGCGUCAAUCAUGCGGGGCCAGAAGCACCGUUUACCGGUUCCGGUCGUGGUCCUGCUUUUAGUUCUCGUCACUCUGCCGCCAUGUGAGCUCGCUUCUCGCUCCGAAACUCACAACCGGCCGCUGACCGACGAGCAGACGGCUGACCAGAACUUGCAGUUCAUGCUGAGUUUGUACCGCAGCGCGGCGGAACCGGGGGGAAGACCCAAAAAACACAGGAAGUUCGGAUCCAACACCGUGCGAUUGCUGAAAGCCUCCGCGUCGUCGGUGCGCUACCUUCCAGUGUCCACAGAAGACCACCACUACGCCUUCAGCGUGCAGUACGAGCUGGAGCUCCUCCCGUCCGAGCGUCUGAUCCGAGCCUCCUUCGUGCACCUGCGCGCUUCGUCUCCAACUGCCAUGGCGCCACCCCGUUGUCACGCCCGGGUGGCGUUAUCCGGAGGGGAGACACUGUUCAGCACCAUGGAGCCCCACCAGCGCUGGAAGGAGUCCCACCUGGGCGCCCGCGUCCUACGCCCGAGCGGGGGCCGCUUGACCGUCAGGGCCCGGUACCGCUGCACCGAGUCCGGGCCGCGGGCGGACAGAAUUCGCGGGGCGCCCCACUUGGAAGCCCCAUCGCUGCUUUUGUACUUGGAGGAGGAGCGUGACGGCAAGGACUGGAUGAUGGCUCAGCUGUCGGGGGCAAAAGGGGGGGACGAGCUCACCAGGCGCUUGAGUCGCUGGCACCCCUCCGUCAGCCGGCGGCGGCGCUCUUCCGACCCAGCUUUUGUCAUAGCCAGUCUCGCCGCCUCGGUCAAACGUGACACGAGUGAACCCAAGAACCGUUGCAAGCUGCACCCCUUCCGCCUGUCCUUCGAGGAGCUGGAUUUGGGGCACUACAUCGCCCCGCCGGUCUACAACCCUCGCUUCUGUCAGGGUGACUGCCCGCGUGUGCUCACCUACGACUACCACUCCCCCAACCACGCCAUCAUCCAGACCAAAAUCAACGAGCUGGGCAUGGGCGACGUCCCGCCGCCAUCAUGCGUGCCCUACAAGUACAUGCCCAUGAGUGUGCUAGUGAAGCACAAAAAGAAGGUGGAGUACAAAGAACUGGACGACAUGGUGGCAGAGUCCUGCACUUGCCGCUAAAACCUGGGGGACGACGUGGCGUUUGGACUCUGCCACAAUUCGCCGUCACUUUCUCAAGCACUUGCAAAAAAAAAACCUAGCUUGUUUUUUUUAAAUCCGAACGGUGGAAGCAACUGAUUUUUAACGGGUCGGUUAUGAAAUUUGUCGCUUUUGCAUAUGUUGACAACGGGCGCGACUCCUCGAGAGCUUGCAUGAAGAGAAGAAUGUAAAUGCAUUUUUUUAUUACACGUGAAAAUGAUGAAUAAAAUAAACUGCAUAUUUUCUAAA